AUGUCUUCAAUAAGCUCACAUGGCCUUGACAGCUCGGAGCUUCCUCGCUUCCGAUUCGCCAAUGACGAUUCUUUGUCCAACGAGGAAGAACAACCGGCGCCUGUUCGCAAAAAGGCAAUUAAAAAUAGAAGAAGCAGUAUUCCAGAUGCAUUCUCUUUCCAAACAACUGCAAUUCUGCAAGAAGCAGCGCGUAAGUUUAUGAGAGAUAAGAGCAGCGAUAGGAAGCUUGCGCAGUCUCGUGCUCGACCACCUGAGGUGACGCAAUUGCUUCCAAAAAAAGGAGAUCAAAAGAAAGUUUCAGCAACGAAAACUCUGCACAAUCUCACUGCUUUAAUUACUGCAAAUUCGAAUCCUUUAACUGUUACAACCGAAACUCCUCAGGAUAUCUCGCUUUGGUGGGAAGUUGUCACACAUUUAGGAUGA